GUUACGCCAGGAUUCAAGAGCCAACAUGCGGGAAGAGCAUGGUGGAACAGUCGCCAAGGCUCUCCUUCUCGUCGGGGGAUUCGUGGCCAAGGCAUGUGCCGAAGGCUCGAAUAUUCCCAUGGAUCACAUAAUGCGGCACUUGUACUCCUCGUCCGCUGUCUGCGCGGAUGAAGCGGAUGCCUGCAUUGCGUCUACCAGUUGCGUGUCUUGCGACGAGACCUUCUUGGGAAAUUUCGACGGAUGCUUUGCUUCGUUCAGCAGCGCCUCCACAUGCGAUGACUUUUUCGACGCCUUGUGCUGUACGGUGGAAGGCUGCGAGGACAACGAGGAAUAUGCCGACAUCGUGGGCUGUGUAUAUGCGGACCUUGGUUGCGGAGUCAUUGACAUCGGUGAUUGUCCAGGAGGCAGCGGAGCGACAGAUUCCGGCUCCGACACCACCACGGACUCCACAACCUCAAGCAGCGAUUGUCCCACCGAAGUCUCGGCUUGUAGCGCGGAUAACGAGUGCUUAUUCUGCACCCAGGCGUACGUUGACACCGCGGAGGGAUGCUUUGCUUCAGCGACUGGUUCCACCUGCGACGAUCUUGAAGAAGCUGUGUGCUGUGCGGUGGAUGGCUGCGAGGACAACGUCGCGCUCAAUGACCUCUUAGCCUGCUUGAAUUCGGAUUCUCCCUGCUCCAUCGACAUCGGAGAUUGCGCAUCAGACGGAAGCCGGGGCAAUUACGGCUCCGACACCACCACCGACACCGAUUCCGCGGGCUACCUGACGACACCGACAAUCACUCCCACAACCGACAGCAUGUACCCCUCGAUGACGACGAGCGAGACCGAAUGCGCCAUUGAAGUGGAGGCUUGCAACGAUGACACGGAGUGCGUAGACUGCGCCACGUCGUAUGCUGCACUCGUGGAGGGAUGCAUUGAGUCAGCGGGUGGUACCACCUGCGACGAUCUUGAAGGAGCUGUGUGCUGUGCGGUGGAUGGCUGCGAGGACAACGAUGCGCUCAAUGACCUCUUAGGUGCGUUCCUGGUUGUCUUGUGUCUGCGGAAAUCGCUCGCCUGCUCCAUUGCGGAUACUGGUUGCUCCAUCGACAUCGGAGAUUGCGCAUCAGACGGAAGCCGGGGCAAUUACGGCUCCGACACCACCACCGACACCGAUUCCGCGGGCUACCUGACGACACCGACAAUCACUCCCACAACCGACAGCAUGUACCCCUCGAUGACGACGAGCGAGACCGAAUGCGCCAUUGAAGUGGAGGCUUGCAACGAUGACACGGAGUGCGUAGACUGCGCCACGUCGUAUGCUGCACUCGUGGAGGGAUGCAUUGAGUCAGCGGGUGGUACCACCUGCGACGAUCUUGAAGGAGCUGUGUGCUGUGCGGUGGAUGGCUGCGAGGACAACGAUGCGCUCAAUGACCUCUUAGGUGCGUUCCUGGUUGUCUUGUGUCUGCGGAAAUCGCUCGCCUGCUCCAUUGCGGAUACUGGUUGCUCCAUCGACAUCGGAGAUUGCGCAUCAGACGGAAGCCGGGGCAAUUACGGCUCCGACACCACCACCGACACCGAUUCCGCGGGCUACCUGACGACACCGACAAUCACUCCCACAACCGACAGCAUGUACCCCUCGAUGACGACGAGCGAGACCGAAUGCGCCAUUGAAGUGGAGGCUUGCAACGAUGACACGGAGUGCGUAGACUGCGCCACGUCGUAUGCUGCACUCGUGGAGGGAUGCAUUGAGUCAGCGGGUGGUACCACCUGCGACGAUCUUGAAGGAGCUGUGUGCUGUGCGGUGGAUGGCUGCGAGGACAACGAUGCGCUCAAUGACCUCUUAGCCUGCUCCAUUGCGGAUACUGGUUGCUCCAUCGACAUCGGAGAUUGCGCAUCAGACGGAAGCCGGGGCAAUUAUGGCUCCGAUACCACCACCGACACCGAUUCCGAAAUCGAUAGUACGACCGACAUCGAUAGUACCGCUGCUGACGACGGCGAGAGCACCAGCAGCACGCCCCUCCCCAUCGGCGAUGACGACGAAGACGAGAACGACGCGACCGAAGACGCGGACCCGACCAACACCGAGUCAUCCGCCACCCGUUCCGCUGCGGCAAAGGGAGGUUCGGCCUUUCUUUGGCUGAUCGCCACCGCUGCACCCAGCCUCUGGCGCCGCUUCUAGUAACGAAUCCUAGCAACUAUCCCACGUAGCGAGACGCUUCGCCAAACACACCAAUAUUUAUCAACUCCUGUAGUCCUCUUCACAUUUGCUGCUGGUUGGUGGUUUGAGCCAGUUCUUUGAUGAACGCUUGAGUGCGUGCGGGUACUACUCGAUGCCGCUGGCAGGACGAAGCUUCGUAACGGUGACUAGUAUGUUUGCGCGGCAGAUUGGCGUGCUGGAGCGGGAAACAGCAGGGCCCUCACUUGUGAUGUCCUUAUUUUACGCCGAAAGACAGUUGUAAAGUAUGGAGUCGGCAAUUUAGGGGGCAUGGGUCAACGAAACCUCUCUCUCCAACAUCUUCGCGUAGGUAGUCCCAGUAGGAGUAUCUCACGCUGUUGCCUCGUAGAGACAGUGAAGUAAGCUUCUUCGUGCCCUUUUUGCGUGGUUCCCUCGGAUCGAAGUGAUGAUCUGUAGAGUGAAACUAGUCCUGUGUGGGUAGGAGGUGCACGGCCGGGGCGUACGUUGAUUCUGUGGGGAUGGUCGUCCAUCACACGGAUUUUUUAAGAGUAUAUUCAAGCUACGUACAAGGUCUCCCUCAGGACGCGGGUGUCAAGCGUUCCGUGGGUAUGUACAAUGCUUGACGAAUGUGUGUAACUUCCAUGGAGAUAAAAUUUUUUCCAUGGUGAGCUGGGUGAGUUUGAAUUCCAUGGAACCACACCAAGUGACUUCCAUACACGUUUAAAGAACUUCACUGCGUGAACGUUUAGAUAGGCAAGAUUCACGAGGGACUUGCAAGGAAGCUGAACUCCCAUGGAAGCUAGUGGAAGUCGACAAGCUUAUUCUCGGCCGCUUGGUGGGUUCCAUGAAACCAAAUUCACCAACUUUCAUGGAAAUCAGCCCCGUUCUCGCAGCUUUUAGCAAGUACCACUUGCGACUUCCAUGGAAAAUGUUUUGGCGUAAAUUCCGUGGAAGUUUGUCGCCCGAGUCCAUCUUCCAAUGGAAGUUUGUACGAGGAUCUUCCAUGACAAUCUUUCACUCUUUGGAAUUCCCGCUUCCUUCCAUGGAAGUCAUCGUGACGGACGUAGAGGAUAUUGCAUCGAAAGCAUUCAGCAGCAUUGAGGUUUCGGCAGGUUUGACCGCGCAUCCGUUGCAGACGUCGGCGGUUGAAGAAACAUGACAAAAGGCUGGGACGUGUUAUCGGCUAGCGAAACCUCUACUAUGCGUGUGCGCAUGCCCCAUGUCGUGCCGGUGCAGUGCGGGCGGCGCCUAGGGUGUUUUUUUUGGACAAGGGCUCACCGCCGCCCUUAAUUUUCUUUCUUUUUCUUGAACGGUGGAGGCAUCAGGAGCUGCAUCUAUCCACACUCGCCGUUCCGUGCCUUCUCGACAGCAGUGAGGUAGUUUUGGCUCUGGCCCUACUAUUCGAGACCACCUCCUCGAUGUGGUAAAUGGCCCGAUGUUUUUGCGGUGCUUGCCGCAGACGUCAUGGGUAAUGCCCUGCCUGUUCACUAGCUACUCUGCUUAUGCGGUCUGCAAGUGGAAGCACUAUGGAGACACGUUUGUUGCCGUCGGUUUUUGCGGUGGGGGGUUCCACUUAGUUCCAAAAUUUUGUUCCCAAGUGUCC